AUGCCAGUCAUACCUCUCUAUCGGGGACAAAGGGUUCUUCGAGGAAAGAGCAUUCCCCUUGCACCCAGGGAGGAUGAAGAGUCUGACUCCUGGAUUUUCCUCAUUGUCCUCAUUGGCAUUGUCGGGUUCGCCAUGCUCUCGGCUUUGGUGGGAUUGAUCUGGGCCAAGUGUUGCAGCAAGCGAGGCGACCAAAAGCUCGUCGAGAAGAUUGCAGCUGAAGUUGCAGGCACACAACGGAUCCAAGUUGUUUCUGCCUCUGCAUCGGCCCGAUCCAGUCGCACAUUCAUCGCGAACCCUGUUGUCGAGAGGAGAAGAGCAAACAUGCUGGCUCUCAAUGCUUUCGUGGGGUGGGAGGAAAGAAUUUACGCAGACAAGAAACGGUCCAGAAGAAGCAGAGGCCGGAAGAGCUCGUCCAUCAUGCUUCCAGUAACAUUGGCUUCCCUGCGAAAAUGGGCCAAACGGUCUACCCUUAGCGGCGAUCAGGAUGAGCUGCGACAGCCAUCAAACCAUGCGAGCCCGACCUUGAGCUCCAACUCAGAGCUCUGGCCAAUCCCUACUUCAAUCCCAACACAUCCGUCUCCUCUGCACUGCAAAUCCAAGUGCACAUUCAAUACCAGCACCGACUACGAUGAACCUUCCCGGUUGUUAGAAGAUAUUCGACCCUGCGCCAAACAGACUUUGACGGCGUGA